UAAAAAAACAUUCAGCAAAUGAAAAACAUUACAAUUAAGCUAUUCCAUUAAGAGUUAAAAUAGACGUACAUGUGCAUGCGUUGCGUUUAAAGUUACCAGUUCGUGUUUGUGUGUGUGUAAAAAGCCAAAAAAGACCGAAGGCGAACGAGGGGCGAAGACGAAGAGAAAAUGUCACGCAAAGCAGCAGCGACAGAAAAAGAGUGAAGAAAUUACAUUUUGGGGGAAGGAAAAGCGCAUGAAAACUCAACAAUAACAAUAUUAAAAGACUCGCUCUGUGCGAAAAAAAGGCGCAAUUCCAAUUCCACUGACAAUGCUUGCCCCAUGAAAACCAAAGAAUUUGUAUUGAAUAGACAUUGAGAGAGAGAAUCGAAAUUGAAAAUAACGAGUUGUUGUUGUUGCUGUUGUGCAGUUGUGCAGUUGUAACUCAAGCAGGCUCAGACACCUGCAAACGCAAGGAGGAGCGAUGAAAACAACUGAACUGAUCCUGGGGAGGCGCCUAACCACCACAACUGUUCUCGUACAGUACUCGUACUCGUUCCUUGAUUUGAAUGUCGUCGUCGACGCCGUCGUCGUCGCUGGUGGGUUCUGAAUUUGUACUCGGUUGCAAUUGGAACUGGGAUUGGGAUUGGGACUGCGAUAGCGUUAGCGAUUUGCACUCCUCCUCAUUGACACAAUGCAAAGUUUGGACUCAUCAUGCCAAGAAGCAGAUCUAUUCAUAAAUGACACGCUUAAGAAGCUAAAAGGCGACAACCCACUGAAUGCGAGUGCUCAGGGCCUGACCCAUGCCGUUGGCUCGGCCGUUCAACAGCAGUUUGUCUAUCAGACGCAGACGCAGAGUUCACAGGCGUCGCCACAGCCACAACAGUCACUGGGUCAGCAACAGCAGCAGUCGUCGUCGUACCAUCAAUUACAUCCGGUGCUCCAGGCCUCAGCAUGCUCACCCACGCUUGCCAUCAACAAUAGCCAGCAACAGCAGGUGCCAAGUGCUCCGGUUACGGUCAGCGUGCGAUCGUAUGUGGAGCCAAACUUGCUGCAGGCGAUACCUCAAAUACCUGCCCAACCGCCAAUCUGCAUAUUCGAUGAUGACGAAUCGCCAACAGAUUUGGGUGCGGGUGGUGGCAGCAUUGUCAUACUCACGGAACAGCCGCACCAUGGUACAGGAACGGCGAUUGCGAUAGCUCCGUCACCGUCAUCGUGCUCCUCAUCGACAACGACACUGUCAAAUUUGAACUCGAUCACGUCCCCAUCGCCGAUAGUUCCUGAUCUGUUGUUGUCAACGCCACCGGGUGUUAAUUCCAGCUUAAAUAAUAAUAGUAAUAGCACCACCGUCACCAAUUCACAUAUUUUCCAGCAUCUGCAGCAACAGCAGCAGCAGCACCUGCAGUCCCACAGCAUAAGCAACAACAACAAUAACAAUAGUAAAAAAGCUGACAGACGGCCAGCCUCAAGUGGCUCAAAUGCAUCGUCGGGCAGCGGCAGCAGUCAUCAUCAACACCAACACCACCACCAUCAUCACCAGCAGCACCAGCCGCACCUCCAACAGUCCCAGCCGCAUAACCACAAUGUCCUCUCAUCGCCCACAUCGUCGCCAAGCAAGCGACAGAAAAACAGCAGCAGCAGCAGUAGCAGCAACAACAAUAACAACAAGGAGUGCAGUUCCUCUAGUCGCAACACAGCUCCAACGACCGCAUCAUCGCGUGCUGCCGCCGGAGCUGGCUCCAACAAUACUAUCAAUGCCAGUAGCAAUGCAUCAUCAUCAUCCACCACCGCCUCCACAUCCAGCACCAGCAAGCGAGAAACGCCAACAAAGUUCUUUAAUAUACACGACAAAAUCAAGGAGCUAUAUGUGCAAUUGCUCAGCAACGAUUUGAAUCACUUUACGGAAACCGGGCUAAAGCAGCGAAGUCGGUCAUUUAUACUGGAACGACUUGUGGAGUGCGAACGAUUGAACACCAUUGUUGUCAACCUGUAUCCUGGCAAUAAGGGCUACUCCCUGGCACUGCACUAUGACGAGCAAGCUAUGCUUAAUCCACACACAAACGAAUGGAUUGUCGCGGACAGCGCCCACCAUCUGCACGGCAGCGAGAAUGCAACCGACAAGAGCACCACCAACACCACCAGUCGGAGCAAAGCGCAAAGCGCCGACAGCGAUGCGAGUAACCCGUUCCGCACAAAGGCGAGACUGACCGAAAACAACGAUGCCAGCGGCGGAGAUUCAGCGUCUGCGCCAGCAUCAUCGGGAUAUGGCCUGGUUGAGGUGCUGCGCUGGCCGUAUGAGAACGAUUUGCUGUUGCAGUGCAUCGAUCGCGAACUGCUGCCCGAGUUCCUCAUGGAUCUGCUGAGCGCGGACACCGUCAGCCUGAGCUCACCCCAAGAUGGCAGCGAGGGGUCGCGGGUGUAUGCCAAGCCCAGCGUCUUUUAUGCUGGCUGUGUAAUUGCGCAGAUACGCGAUUUCCGCCAGACGUUUGCCACCUCAACAAAUAUCUGUGAUAUGAAGCACAUCCUGCUGCGACCGAGCAAUGCCACGCUAUUCGCGGACGUCCAGCAGCUGGGCAGCUCCCUGGGUUGGGCGGGCGCAACGUCCGAGGAUCGGCUGACACUCGAGAGUCAACUGGUGCUGGCGACGGCGGAGCCAUUGUGCCUGGAGCCAGAUCCAAGCAUUGGCCGGCAAUCAAUCAAUGCGCAGCACGAACGCCAACGCUUCAACUCGCACGAAAUGCGCCGCCAAAUGAAGAAGUUCACCCAGGUGGCCAUCAAUCGCAAGCGUAAGCUCGAUCAGUUCACGCAUCAUCAGGGCCUCGAGCUGUGCGACUAUCUGACGCGUCUGCGCCAGCGGCCGCGCACAAGUAGCAGCAAUCAGGCGAACGCCACACCCGCGACGGCGCCCAGCAACAAUCCGUUGGUGGGCGCCAUGCUCUCCUCUUUCACGUCAAAGGUGCCGCGACGACCGCACGAGGUCAUCCGACCCAUAAGGCCGCCCACUCUCGACUAUCCGGCGAAUCUGAAGGUGCCCGAGCACGUGAUCAGCGUGGAGAAAUAUGCCAAGACUUUCGAGCCACUCAGCGAGUUCAGCGAUGCGUGCAAGGAGCGCUGCCAGCCAAAUUGUCGUCACAGCUUUCAGCCGCAACUCAUCGAGGAAUAUGUGCUGGAGACGGAACGGGAGGCCAGCGAGGGACGGCGUGCUCUCUAUCACAUCAAGCUGUCAAUUUACCAGCGUCCCUCCGAUGCCGAAUAUCUGGGUGAGCUCUAUGUGGAUCGCGACUAUCGCGAGGGCGAGCGCAAUGGGGAGUCGUGCCGCUUUGCGCUGGGCACCCGCGUCCAUGCGAAUCGCUAUAUUCAGCAAUUCCGCGAGAUAUUCACUGAGGAGGGACGCAAGGCUGUUAAAAUUACGCAUCUGAUACCUGGACAUGUGCCAAUUGUUACCCACACUGGACUAACCAAUGAGCAGCGAUUGCUAUUGCAGCAGCAACAGCAACAACAACAGCAGCAACAACAGCAGCAGCAACAACAACAGCAGCAGCAGCAGCAACGACAAGUCCAGUUUACUCAGCAACAGCAGCAGCAGCAACAACAGUUACCUGCCACAGUGCAUCAUGUGGCGCAAACGCAUCCGAAUGUCACUUUGUCCCGUCAACCAAUUAUCGCCAAGGCAGUCAACAACACGAUUAGCAUGCAGCAAACGUUUCGACAGCAACAACAACAGCAACAACCACUUGCCACCACUCAAUUUAACGUUGAUGGUGCACUUCAAAUUCAGCAACAACAACAACAACAGCAGCAACAACAGACGCAGCUUGUCAGUGGCAAUAGCAAUGUGGUGCAGCAGCAGGCGCCGCAACAACAACAACAGCAUCAGCACAUACAUCUGCUUACCACCAGCGGCAAUGCAACGAACACCACCGCACAUCAGAUGAGUCUGGGCAACGGAUCGCUCGUACUGCUGCAACAACAGCCGCAACAACAACAGCAGCAGCAGCAGCAACAACAACAACAGUUGACCACAACCCUACAGCACUCGGGCAUAACUAUACAGCCAGCCAACAUGCAGCAGCAACAGCAGCAGCAAAAAGCAGCAACAGCUCAGUUGAACACGGCCAUAGGUGCCAACUCCGCAUUGCGCGCCCAGCUCAACUCCAAUGUGCCAAUUCUCCAAUCGCAACUGAAGACAACUCAAAUUGUUAGCACACAACAUCAAUUGCUGCAAAAACAACAACAACAACAGCAGCAGCAACAACAACAACAGCAACAAUUAAGUGCCUCAAAUAACAACAACAUAAACAGCAACAAUAAUAACAACACGGCCAUGCAUCCAAAUCCUGCGAUAAAUGCUAUAGUCACCAGUAUCAUGAACUCUGCCAACCAGUACCAGCAGCAGCAACAACAUCAGCAUCACCAACAACAACAGCAGCAGCACUCAGGCAGCACACCCACCAGCAACAAUAACAACAACUCGACAGCAACCAUCAAUAUUGGCAGCAAUAACAGCGGGAACAAUGCCUCGACAACAACGCUGAAAAACUCUAGCAAUGCUUCGAUUCUGAACCUGCUUAAUAGUGCGCCUGCAGCCAUGACGAGCACACCCGUUGCCAGUGGCACAUUUACUACCUCGUCCACUGGCCAGCAACAAACGUUGACAUUGGUGCAGCACCAACAGCAGCCGCAGCAGCAGCAACAACAACAACAGCAGCAGCAACAACAACAGCCGCAGCAGCAACAACAAACAGCGCCCACAAAUGUUGAUGCAGCUACAACCACCUACGUGCAAACGACUCGUGGCACUCCGACGUUGGUGCAACGCAAACAGUCGUCUAACGAGGUGCUGCAGAGUUUGCUGAAUCGCAAAAUUAACUUGGUUGGCACAAGUGGGGCGACCACAUUUCGCACCAACUCGGCGGGCAACCUGAUUGCCGUCAAUCUGAAUCAGCCGCAGGGUCAAGCUCAGCAGCAGGCAGUCGAUGUUAGUCAUGCGGUGCGCGUAUCAAUGUCGGCGCUUGCCUCGCAACUGGCCUCGCCACCGGCCGUCAUGACGAAUCCCACCACUGGUUACGGCGCCUAUACGGUCAGCACGGGCGGCGUCUGCAGCAGCCUCAAAAUACUCAAUACGGGCCAACAGCAGCAGCAGCAGCAACAACAACAACAGCAGCAGCAACGUUUACUGAGCUCGUUGCGCAGGGAUAGUACAACUGGCCCGCCAAAUGCCAUUGUUGUCGGAAUGGCGGCACCAUCGCCUGGCAGCGAUUCCAAUGCAUCGAAUGCUAGUGGAUUUGCGGUACCCACCAAUCUGUCAUCGGCGUCGGGCGGUGGGGCGCUCAGUGCACUGCUUACCAAUGCUGCCACACCCUCGCCGUCCGGUUCGGAUCACUCGCAGUCGUCUCAAACGCACCAGAAUCAGGUGCUGCUCGAUCGGCUCAGCAAUGUGACAUCGAAUGUGUCCGCCGUGUCAUCCGUAGCAAUGCCGCACAUGUCGCCGCAACAAGUGGGCUCAGUGCAGCAGCAACAGCAGCAGUUUAUUACCAAAACACUGGUGCACUCGCCCGCCACAUCAUCCAUACACUCGCCCAUGUCUAGUCCACACCCGCAGCCGUCAGCGUCGCCACAGCAGCAGCAACAGCAGCAGCAAACUGCCACGCUAAAUCUGCAGGGCAUCAAUCUGUCGCAGCUGCAGGGCGCCAUGGCAAACUUUGCUGGUUUGCAGAAUGUGCAGGUGCAGAUUCCCGGCUUCACGCAGCCCAUUUCGCUGCAGUUCUCCAACAAUGGCUUGCAAGCGACAUCAGUGCAGUUGCAGCAACAACAACAGCCACAACAGCAGCAGCAGCAACCACAACAGCAGCAGCAACAACAACAACAGGCAAACACAAGUAACGCCACUGCGAGUGGAGCUUUGGCGCAAGCGCCAACACAACAGCGCAGCGUGUUGGUCUCUGUGCCCGUAUCGCAGCAACAGCAGCUGCCACACACCAUCACAUUGCAGACGACACAAACGUCGCCCCAACAACAACAGCAGCAGCAGCAGCAACAACAUCAACAUGCCCCACCCACGGGCACCAUUGUUAACCUGCCCUCAGGGAUGUCCGGGACACAGGCGGUAGUUAUUACAAAUAAUGCAGCUGCCAGCUCGGGUGGCAGCGGCGGUGGCGGCGGCAAUGCCAGCGGCACUGGAACGACAACGACUAUGCUCACGCUGCCCAUUGCUCAACUAGUCGGUGCCGGAGUACAGAAACUAAAUCCUCAAACUAUACGUACCUCAAGCGGUGGUGGUGUAGGUGUUGUCACAACAGCAGCCACCGGUGGCAUCCAGCCUCGUCCGCGCAGCGUUCAGGUUGUUGGCACCAAGCAGCUAGCCAGCAGCCGACAGCUGCUCGCCACACAGCGUCAGAUUGGCGGAUCAACGUUGAAGAUCGCGUCAGCGACCGUGAAUGCCAAUGCCGUUACUAAUAGUGCCAACCUUAGUGCUGGGCCCAUUCUGAUGUCUGGGCAGAAGGUGCAACUGAAGACCGUCAAGGCGCCAACGCAGCAGCAACCACAACAACAGCAACAGCAGCAACAACAUCGAAUACUCAACCAGAGCACUGUAACGUCCGGCUCCCAGGCGCUGCCCAGUCCUAGCCAGGUGGCCCACCCACAGCUACAGCAUAUACAAAUCGCUGGCCGUGCUGUUCCAGCAAAUGCAAGUGUCAUGAACCAGCGCACCCUGACGGCGCUGGCGGUGGCGAAGCAGCAGCAACAACAGGCAGCGGUUAAUCGACGGCGCUCCACCACCGAUGCGACCAAGUAAUGGCACUCAGUUUCCACACUGCGUUGCGUUGAAAUGUGAGAUCAGCUUCUCCAUCCUAGCCUAGCCACAGGAAUACUGUUUGCAAUGGGAGCAGUACUUGCUAAUAUUGCAGUCAUAGCGAUCUAUUAAUUUUUGUUAAUUGAGGAGAGGAGACAAGUAAUAAGGCUACGCGUUGUGUAUUUGCAUGAUAUUAUAGUUUAUGUUUACAAAUUAUUAAAUAGCACUACUAGCAUACAUUGUAUACCCAUAUAUCUGCAUAUAUAUCUUUUGAUGUGUAUAAUCGUAAGUGUAAAUUAUGUGGGCUGAUAGAGUGCUCAAGCCGUAUGAGAUCAACACAACAGCCAGCUCAUUUAAUAGCGCAAACCUCUAGUGAGCUCGUUGAAUUGGCAUCAUCAUCAUCAUCCGAGUUGUGGAGGAUGCCAAUUUGGCGACAGUUUAGGUGAAGCCAAUGGCGACUGCAAUUGUCUGUGUCCCUUGCAAAAAACUACUGCUAAACUACAAAACGAAUUAAGUGUAAAGCUCUUAUUAAUAUUUAUCUAAUUGUACAUAUUAAUUGUUUCAUAUUAACGUGCGCCGAAAAGCCAUUUAUAAAAACAACAACAAAAAAACAAAAAAAAAAACAAAAACAAAAGAAUGUCUUAUCAGUUUGGCUCUCCCAACUCCAAUUUGUUACAACGUAAGACUAGCAAUGUAAGCGUGCGUGCUAACUUUAAGCUUAAGCAGUAAGCCAGAAAGGCCCUUUAAUACAAAUGGAAAUAAACGAAAAAUAAAAAUAAACAACAAAACAAAACAAAAACAA